AUGGACCAUGUGCGUAGAAAGUAUAAAACCCUAAAUAACCCAUCUUCCGAAAAUGCCAAAGACGGCGCACGGCUUGGUCGGAUCGUGAUCGAGCUCUUCGCCGACACGGUUCCACGUACGGCGGAGAAUUUCCGAUGCCUUUGCACCGGCGAGAGAGGAAUCGGAACACGGUCUGGCAUACCACUCCACUUCAAGGGAACAACCUUCGACGAUAUUGCCCCUGAUUUUACGAUCUAUGGAGGGAUUAACCCCGCUCGUAACCGGGCUCUAAUGGACUCGAUCUACGGUGGGCCGUUCGAAGACGAGAACCACGAGAGGAGCCAUGACCGUCCAGGUAUUGUCUCCAUGGCUAACGGUGGUCCAAAUACCAACGGAGCUUAUUUCUUCAUAUUAUUGGAGGAGCGUCCGUCGUGGUCGGUCAAGUUGUGGAAGGAUUGGAUCUGGUGA